AUGGCUGGCACUCCUCAUUUGCCGGGGUUGCCAGUUCCCCAGCAAAGAUCGGAUCCCCCCGUUUACAAUCCCUUGCUGGCUGUUCAGCCAGGCUCCACUACAGCGUCGACGACCUACGCGGCUCCAACCGCGAUCAGGACCCUGGCUCCACAAUUCCCGGCCCAACUGGGCGAGUCUCUUGCACCCCCCUUGCCGAGGAAUCCAAGUACCAAUCACAACACAACUGCCAGGGCAGAGCUGAACACAAACAGAGCACCCCUUCUCUCCCAACAAGAAUGGCAGCAACUUGUAAACAAUUUGGCAAGAAAUCCUGCAACCAAUGGUCCUACUGGAGUACAUGACCCUCCUACCCGGACAGACCCAAACACAAACAGCGCACCCCUUCUGUCCCAACAAGAAUUGCAGCAAGUCGUGAACGAUUUGGCGAGUAAUCCUCCACCCCUUCUGUCCCAACAAGAAUGGCAAAUCGUAAAAGAUUUGGCAAGCAAUCCUGCAAGCAAUGGUCCUACUGGAGUCCACGACCUGCCUACCGGGACAGACCUGAACACAACCAGAGCACCCUUUCUUUCGAAACAAGAAUGGCAACAACUUGUACACAAUUUGGCAAGUAAUCCUGCAACCAAUGGUCCUACAUUGGUCCAUGACCCUCCUACCAGGACAGACUUGAAUGCAAACAGGGCACCCCUUCUGUCCCAACAAGACUUGCAUCAACUCGUAAACAAUUUGGCAAGCAAUCCUCCACCCCUUCUGUCCCAACAAGAAUGGCAACUCAUAAACAAGUUGGCAAGUAAUCCUGCAACCAAUGGUCAUACCGGUACUGGAGUCCAGGAUCCUACUACCAGGGCAGACCUGGAUGCAAACAGAGCACCCCUUCUGUCUCAACAAGAAUGGCAACAACUGGUACACAAGUUGGCAAGCAAUCCUGCAACCAAUGGUCCUACUGGGGUUCAGGAUCCUCCUACCAGGACAGAGCUGAAGACAAACAGCGCACCCCUUUUGUCCCAACAAGAAUGGCAGCAACUCGUAAACAAUUCGGCAAGUAAUAAUGCAUCCAAUGGUCCUAUUGGGAUCCUGGAUCCUCCUGCCAGGAAAGACCUGGACACAAACAGAGGGAUCCAGGAUCCUCCUACCGGGACAGGCCUGGACACAAACAGAGCACCCCUUCUGUCCCAGCAAGAAUGGCAGCAACUCACAAACAAUUUGGCAAGAAAUGCUGCAUCCAAUGGUCCUGUUGGGGUCCAGGACCCUCCUGCGAGGACUGGCCUGAACACAAACGGAGCACCCCUCCUGUCUCAACAACAACAACAAGAGCAACUCACAAACAACCUGGCAAGUGUUCCUGCAACCAACGGUCCUACCACUCCUGGAAGGACAAGUGCCGCUGCAGCUGCUAGGGUCCACGAUCCUCCUGCAUUAUUUGAAGGCCACCCCUAUUUGUUGCAAGCAAAAAGACCCGCAACUGACAGUACAGAGGGGAAUGCAAGAAACGGCGAGGCUCCUUCUCAAUGUAAUGAAGACCUGAUUGAUUCUGUCAUGUCAUUCCCUCAAGUGGUUCGUAGUGCAAGUAGGACAGACUUGUUUGAGCGCCCUUCCAAGCAACCCAAAACAGGAAGAUGGUGA